AAAAAGCAGCAGCAGCUUCCCCGGUCACCUCCAACAUGAAGAUCCCUGCUAUGAUGUCUCUCCUGCUGGUGUCUGUGGGUCUCAGGGACGGAGUUCAGGUUCAAAGUUACUCCAUCUCACAACUAGACAUCUUUUCUCAAGAAACACCCCUGGACAUGGCCCCAGCGUCCUUUGAUGACCAGUAUGCUGGCUGCCUGGCCGACAUGACAGCGGCACUGCCAGAUCUCAAUCACUCAGAGUUCCAGGCCAACAAAGUAUACGCGGAUGGCUGGGCUCUGGCCAACAUCCAGUGGCAGGACCGCAGGGCCUGGGGGUCCCUGUGGGGCUCCUUGCCCCCACCACCGCCGGGCUUCCGGGAUGAGCACGGCGUGGCGCUGCUGGCCUACACCGCCAACAGCCCCCUGCACAAGGAGUUCAACGCGGCAGUGCGCGAGGCGGGCCGCUCCCGGGCCCACUACCUUCACCACUUCUCGUUCAAGACCCUCCACUUUCUGCUCACCGAGGCCCUGCAACUGCUCCGGAACCACCGAUCUCCCGGGUGCCGGCAGGUGUACAGGGGGGUGCAUGGCCUGCGUUUCCGGCCAGCGGGACCUGGCGCCACCGUUAGGCUAGGGGGCUUUGCUUCCGCGUCCCUCAAGAACGUUGCGGCCCAACAAUUUGGCGAGGACACCUUCUUCGGUAUCUGGACCUGCCUCGGUGCCCCCAUCAGGGGCUACUCCUUUUUCCCUGAAGAGGAGGAGGUGCUGAUCCCCCCUUUCGAAACUUUCCAGGUGAUCAAUACCAGCCGACCCGCCCAGGGUCCUGCACGCAUCUACCUCCGUGCUCUGGGCAAACGCAGCACAUACAACUGCGAAUACAUAAAAGAAAAGAAGUGCAGGUCUGGGCCCUGCUGGCUGAAUAGCUCAGCCCCAGGCUCCCUCUCGUCCUCAUGGUCUCUUCUGCUGCUGGUCUUGUUCCUUGUGCUGAGGGCCCUUCCAGAGAACCCAGGUCUCCGAUGUUGACAGACUCUGACUGAAGACUGUUGGUCAACUGUUUGCCUUAAAUAUAGCGGGAUCCUGGUGAAUCAGUCCAUCUCCAGGCAACUCUGGGGCCUUCAGUGGCAAUUGCCAGCCAUAUUGGUAGAGACACAGAAGAGAAUUUGGAAACUGACCCUCACCCAGGGCUGUAGGAAGGAGACUGAGAACAGGCAGAGGACUGGAGGACAGGCAGAGACUCAGCUUGGAGCCAGGAGACUUCAACUCAUUGUGGGCGGUGGGGGAGCACACAUGGCGAUGGGCCAAGCUGGGGUCACUUUAAUGCCUCUCAUAAAGGUAUGAGCUACCACUACCAGGAUAAUAAAUGUGAUUUUUU